GCUCCCGCCGCCGCCGGCUGAACGCUGAGGUGUUCCGUGUCGCGAGUAGUAACCCAUAGUCUGCAGUCAGUGAUCAGUGCGGGAUCCGUCAGUAACCUGCGGCACGGACCGGCCUGCGCCAUGCACGUGCUUCUGCCGUAUCUGUGGCUAGUGCUACUGCUGCUGACGCCGCCUGCCAGCACCAAGCACACCAAGGUGAUAAUCCACGUGCCGUACAAGGUGCACCGGCACAAGCACACGCACACGAUCGUGCGCCACGUGCACCACAAGCCGGCCUCGCACGACCACUACGAGGUGCUCGGCUACACGUACGGGGAGAAGAAACCCGUGCACUUCGGCGGCGGUCAUGGGUGGUACGCGGCAGACAACGGCGGGCUGGAGCAGGAGUCUCCGGUGCACUUCACCGCCGGGGGCAACGACCUCGGCCUGGAGAACGACUACUGACCAAUCAGGACUGACUACACACCAACCAGGACUGACUACUGACAAACUGACCAAUCAGCACGCGCCCUGUCGUCGCGGCAGGCUCAAUGAUUCGGGUUCAAUAAUAGCUAUCGUUUUGAGUUCAUAGACAAUUUAUGGGUGAAUACUUACGCAAUCCGUGACCAUAACAAUUAUUCAUUAUUAAACAAGUACGUUCAUAUUACAUAAGUAAAUAAUAAUAAUAACAAGUCGUCCGUGUGGGGAUAAUGUUUGUGAUUUGUUUUUAUUUAAGAUAUUAAUGUUGGUAUGCUGUACAAAGUACUUAAGUAACUAUAAGUAGAUACAUGUUUCUUUAUACAUAAGUAUUUUGUUAUUUAGUUGUAAAUGUUAUGUUUAAAAGAGAUUCUGGGCCUGUUCCACAAUGUCUGGUUAGUGGCUACCUGUCGGAUAAA